UCAUGGGCGUCUAUUAACAUCUAGCUUUGUCUUCGCGCAUCCCAGCACGCAUCUCAGUGAGCUAUCUGAUUAUAUCGUUCCUUGGCGGAGGUGUGCUAACAUUUCUUGGACAUAGUAAUCUAAUAUUCUUAUGAGCUCAGGAGAAGCGUACACUCCGACUGGAGACACACCCCCUGCUCAACGUUCCCUCGACGUCAGGACUAACUAUGGCCGCCGAGGCAGAUAUCAGGCUCGACGCCCUUCUCAAACGCACUCAAGAGAAGACGUGGAAGCCCCUCCCAGAUGAAAUUGCAGUUCUCGUAGACGUAUUUGCUCCUUCAAACGCCCAUAGUCUUCGUACGAAGGCAUACGUCGUGCUCGCCGCGGUAUGCCAACGUCUAAGAGACGCAAACCCUUCGUCAAAGGCGGCGCCCGAUGAGUCUACUCAGGCCAUCAUUCUCCCAAUUGCACCAAUUGUUACCGCGAAACUUAGCGACAUCGCAGAAGAUCAGAUCGUGUCUGGUCUCUCCUUCCUCGCCGCCCUCUUUCAGGUAGACUGGGAGUCUGCAUCUGCUGUGUUGCAGCGGGACGGAAUACUCGAGUCUGUCGUUGAAGCCGUUGAUACGUAUUCGUCUUCCCUUCCAAUUGCCCGUGCAACUGCACAGCUGGUUGCUCAGGCAGCGGGUCACAAAGCAUGCCGUGCUCUAAUCCCACAGCGAUACGUAGAGUGGUUGGAGAGCAAGACAAAGCGCUCUCAGGAUCAAGUCUUACGGGCGGCGGCAGCUGUUGCUCUUGUAAAGCUCUCGCAAGGGGCGAGUGCGGAUGCCGCUGCGGCCACCGGCGCAGACAAGCCGCUCGUGGCGAAUGUGGAUGAGGACCUUGUAUCGAUGAUGAAGGGUCUGGUCGUCUCGAGCGACGCAUCUACCUCCAUGAACGACUCCGUGGAAGGUCUUGCCUACAUGAGCAUUGACCCGGCGAUCAAGGAGCAGCUAUCUAAGGACACGCAGUUCCUCCAGAAGCUAUUUACCAUCGUCCCCCGCCGAAAAGCUCAAGUGUCGCAGGCUUCCGACGAGGGCAUCACGUCCCCGGUUUACGGCGUCAUCGCAAUAAUCGCCAAUAUCUGCGCGUAUCGGCCCAAACUAUCGGAGGAAGAGGCUCAGAUUGCGAAACUCAGGCGCAUGGCUUGCAGCACGCGCAAAGAUGGGGAGUCCGAAGCCGAUACGUUGGAAGACGACGAACAUGCCAGAGCCCGAGGGAAACGACUUCUCCAGGCAGGCGCUCUUGACGUACUGACGGCUGCAGUGCGUAUAUCGGAUAGUCGUGCCACGAGGCUGGCUGCUGGCAAAGCGCUGCUUAGCCUCGUAGAAGACCAAGAGAAUCGGGGCAAGGUAUUGCAGGCAGGAGGUGCGAAGGCUCUCAUCAGCAUCAUCCAAGGCUUGCUCCCUCCCACAAUGAAGAAGGGCGAGAAAGAAGACCAAACCCCUUCACUAGAUCGCACGGAUCUGGAGUGCAUACAAGCACUAGCGAAGCUCGCGAUCACAGCCUCACCGAUCCAGGUCUUUGGGCCGAAUGAAGGAGCCCUCUACGAUGCGAUCCGUCCCUUCGCCAUCCUCUUGGUCCACUCUAACUCGACCCUCCUGCAGCGCUUCGAGGCGAUCAUGGCGCUCACGAACCUGGCUUCGCAGAGUUCCGAAGUCGCGACACGAAUAGCCGACGCUUCUGGCUUGCUUAACAAGGUCGAGUUGCUCAUGUUGGAGGAUCAUACGCUCAUUCGCCGGGCAGCGACGGAGUUGGUGUGCAACCUCAUAGCAGGAAGUGAAGAAGUAUUCAACAAGUACGGCGGUGACGAAAAAUUGGCAUCGAGGUCCAAGCUACAUGUUCUCGUGGCGUUGUGCGACGUCGAUAACACACCAACGCGGCUCGCUGCUUCCGGGGCAAUUGCUAUGUUGACUUCUGCGCCGCACGCUUGCCAGCUCCUACUCGAGCUCGAACGCGAGAAACACCGAGUACUUCCCAUACUCGGUCAACUCAUCGAUCCAUCGAUUCAUGUUCCGCACGACGGAGAUGACGACGAGCCUGAAGAGAGCGAACAGUCCGCGCCUGAUCCUAGGCUGGUUCAUCGCGGCGCUGCGUCUAUACGGAACUGGUUUACUGGAGUCGACAUGGCUGCACGUAAAGAACUGGGCGAGCGAGCUCAAGAGAUUGGACUGGCUCAGGCUCUGGUCCGCGUGUUCAGGGCUGGUGGAAGCAGUCCCGCUUUAAUCCCUGCGGCGGAGGCUUUGAAGCUAAUGCUGGAUGCCGGGGUCCCAGUCACUGCAUGAAAUAAUGCUGUAUUCGUCCCAUGUACCUUUGGGCAAUGAAUUCACUUAUAAAGAGCAGACGACAUUCGUGAGGAUGUCGCCGGCUGUCGGUGCGGUACACAU